AUGAUUGUUACACUCAUGUUGAUCUUACUUUAUUAUUGUACAGAUCUGCCUGCCAGGACCACAAUAUGUGCUGAAGUCGGCUCAAUCGUGGAGAAGCCCGUAGCAGACAAGGGAAUGCAAGCUGAUGAUGGGGCACGCGUCACGGAGGAAACUUUUCAAAAUAACGAGGAGCUGACAAAAUACUACACUGGGCUCCCCAACUUCAGCAUGCUCCACAUGGUAUUUAAACUAGUGAAGCAGUUGGUGAGGCAUAUCCCAAACAUUGUCCUCACACAGUUUCAGGAGUUCAUAGCAACUCCUAUCAGACUUCGUCUGAACACUCCACUGCGAGAUCUGGCCUACAGAUUUGUGGUGUCUGAGGCAACCAUCUCUAGAAGCAUUACAAAGUGGGUUGACGUUCUCUACUUAGGCCUCGACAGAGUCAUCAGGUGGCCAACCAGGAAACAGCUGAAGCGGACGAUGCCAAUGUGCUUUUGUGCUGCGUUUGGCACUGAAGUUGCAGUCAUUAUUGACUGCUUUGAGGUAUUUAUAGAGAGGCCCACAUCCCACGUGGCCAGGUCACUGACCUGGUCACAGUAUAAACAUCAUAACACUGUUAAGUGCUUGAUCGGCAUCGCACCGCAGGGGACAGUUACAUUCAUAUCUCGAGGAUGGUGCGGGCGAAGCACUGAUAAACUGAUAGCUGCGAGCUCGGGAAUUUUAGAGAAUCUCCAGCCUGGAGACUGUAUCCUAGCGGACAGGGGAUUCACUAUCGAGGAGUCCAUAGGCCUGUAUUGUGCUCGCCUCCACAUGCCAGCCUUUACGAGAGGGCAGAAGCAGUUGGCACCAUGGAGUGUUGAGGCGACCCGUAAGCUAGCAAAUGUCCGCAUUCAUGUGGAGCGAGUCAUCGGCUUGAUUCGAAAUAAGUAUGUUAUUACAAAAAGUGUCAUACCAAUCGAUUUGCUUUGCGCAGAGGGCCAGGAUCGUGCAACUACCUUGGACAAGAUUGUUUUUGUCUGCUCCACACUGACCAGCCUGUGCGACUCAGUUGUGCAGUUCAACUGA